CUUUUGUUUAAUGAAAUCAUUUGUGUUCAACGCUAAUUUGCAAUAACAAUCAGUAGUAGUAGAUAACUUCACGCAGUAACAAAGAAAGAUGUUUAGAAUAAAACAAAUAGUGUGUGUGUUUUAAUUACUGCAAAUGAAAGUGGUGACAAUAAAAUAUGUGCACAAAUGAAACACGUACAAAGUGAAGAUGUAACCACCGAUUGUGAUGAGGGAUGUACCCAAGUAAUUUUAAAAGACGAUGAAGGUAAUCUGGAGGUUGCCAAAUUGGCAGAACUAUGCGGUCGAGAGGGAAUUUUGGACCCAAAUAAAGCCUCUGUUAAUAUUACCGAAUCCGAAGAUGUUAUUGUGGGUCCUGUUACACAGUUUUAUGCACCUGUAACUAUUUAUCAAAAUGUAAAUGGUGAAAUAAAUGGUACAGAAAAAAAUGAAGUAAAUAAAAAGCUUCCUGAACCUAUCACGGAAAGCUCACUAACGAUUGUUAACGAGGAUACACCUAAGUUAAUAAACAAAGAUAAAUCAAAAAAGAUAAAACAUCUAAUAAUAAUAAUUGCCGCAGUUAUAAUAUCUAUAAUAAUAGUAGCAGUAACUAUAGCUAUGAUUUUAAAGAAAUCCAAGCACCCCAACUACAAACCACCUACAGACUUGGACGAUCAAUUUUUGCUAUACAAAGCCGAUUGGGGUGGAAAAGCGGCAACGGAUGACAUUCCCAUCAACAAGAAACCAGUACAAUAUGUGAUAAUAUCGCACACGGUUUCUCCCAUGUGCAACAACGUACAGGCCUGCUCUUCUAGAGUUCGAAACAUUCAGAGUCAGCACCAGAAUGGUCCAUUUCCUGAUAUUGGAUACAACUUUCUUGUAGGCAACGAUGGCCAUGCUUAUGAAGGAAGAGGAUGGAACCAUAAAAAUUUUCACAUGUACGAUUCGGUUGCCAUUUGUGAAAUUGGUGAUUUUACCACUGAUAUAUUUACUAAUGUUAUGAUUGAAUCCACGAAAAGGCUUAUAGACCUAGGGAUUACUCUUAAUAAGAUAUCAACGCAUUAUAAGCUGAUUGGUCAAAAUCAAACAACCACUUCCGAAAGUCCAGGAAGUAAUGUUUACAAAGUUAUAAAGACCUGGCCUCAUUUUUAUGCUGGGAGAGUUUCUUCAUAAAAAAGGUGUUUUUUUUUAAUAGAUACUGAAAUUGCUCAAAAGACCACAUAACGGUUUAUUAUAUUUAUUUUUUUGAAAUGAAUUUUUAUUCAGGAAGUUGUGAAAAAAAAUAAUUAAUAAUAUUUUAUAAAACAUUUCGCAUCUAUAUGAAACCGCUUUUAUUUAUACCUGAACACAUUGCAA